CGCUGGCAUAUCCUCAAUCCUGCCAGGACACACGAGCGCUGUUCUGAUUGGUUAAUUUUUUUUUCAAAAGAGAAAACAGAAAAAAAAGGAAAGUGUCGUCUGCUCUUGUUGUGAUGGUGAUAACAGUGAGCGGGUUUUGUUUAUAUUUGAGCGGGCUGAGUCAGUUGUUCUCAGAUGGACUUCGAGCCUCGACUUGUUCACACUGUCACAACAGUAAAGUAGUCUCAUAGUCGUUCGUCUGCUCACAGUUUCAUCGUCGUCUGCUGACUAGAUCGACUGGGAAUAUUCUCUUGUGUUUCUUCGUGACAUCUUCCGCUGUCCUUAGACAAUGAAGAUGGCAUGCGUCUCAGAUAAACAUGUACACUGCGCCAUGCUAGGGGAUGGUAUGGUUGGAAAGACAUGCCUGACCUUAUCUUACAUAGAAAAAUGCUUCACGGAGUCUUACACAGCUACAGUCUUUGAUAACUAUCCAGUGCCUUUAGAAGUCGGUGGUCAGGACUUUGUGAUCAGUCUAUUCGAUACAGCCGGACAGAAUGAUUUUGAAGACUUAAGAGCAUAUACUUAUAAAGAGAGCGAAGUUCUGGUCUUAUGUUUCUCUGUGAUAGACCGGGACUCAUUUUCCAGCGUGUGUAACUCUUGGGUGCCCGAGAUCAAGCGCCACACCAAGAGGAGACGCCCCGUCAUCCUGGUGGGGACACAGAUUGACAUGAGGAGGGGGGAGGAGCAGGAGGUGUCCACUGAGGAGGGAGAGGCCAUGGCUCGAGCCAUCGGAGCGGACUGCUACAUCGAGUGCUCCGCUAAGAGGAAGGACGGUCUGAAGGAGGUCUUCGAACACGUGGUCUUCUCUGCUCUGAAGUUCAGGAAGAAGAAAGUCAACAUCAUCGAACGAUUCUUCUCUAGAUGAGCUCUCGCCCGUAGCCUCCAUCCAUUUCACUUGUUCAAGCCAGACGUCCCUCUUCCAUCAAUUUUCUGGUCCUUGAAGGAUCUGUUCGUAGCAUUCUCUGAGUCUGAAUAUCUUCUCCGAAUGUCUGCUUUGGGAAGAAAUUAAACACUCACUUAUCAUUUCACAAACUUUUUAUUGCUGGAUUCCGCACCAAUGCCUUGACUAACCACUUCGUGACUGCCAUUGGCUGGACCAAUUGGUGCUGUUACUGUAACUCUUACACGUCUGUUAAUGACAGAAGUAGGCUUCAGUGUGAAAUACAAGAGACAGUGGUCAACUUUUAAGUUUGUUUGUUUUUUUAACAUAUUGUUAAAACAUUUUACAGUCGUUCAAAUGAUAAGCUAUUGUUUAUUGAAAGCAUGCGUGUUAAAGUCAUUAUGAACAGCGAUUUGAAUGACUGGACUGUUUGAUUAUGAACAGCCAUUUGAAUGACUGGACUGUUUGAUUAUGAACAGCCAUUUGAAUGACUGGACUGUUUGAUUAUGAACAGCCAUUUGAAUGACUGGACUAUUUGAUUAUGAACAGCCAUUUGAAUGACUGGACUGUUUGAUUAUGAACAGCCAUUUGAAUGACUGGACUAUUUGAUUAUGAACAGCCAUUUGAAUGACUGGACUGUUUGAUUAUAAACAGCCAUUUGAAUGACUGGAUUGUUUGCCACUUGGAGCUUUCAUCGUUUUUCUUUAAAGCCUUUAGUUAUUGCUCAACAGUAGCUCUCUUGUUUUAACUACCUUCGUUGACAUUCCGCUGUGAUUGUGUGUAUACACAUAAUUUGAAAUGUUCUAAACAUCAUCAAAAUGUUUACCAUUGGUCAAUAUUUCCACUAAUAUGUUAUCAUUCCACUGUUAUGUUUAUAUACCGCACUGUAGUACCAAUGUCUUUUCAUCGCUUCAUUUAACAUAGAUCAAAACAAUAUAUUUUGUUUACUUGUGACACAUUUGCAUUUAAACAAAAUAUAACGGGUAGUGAAUCUUUGUUACAAGUGAAUAUAUACAUAUCUUCCAGGUCGUAGUUUUGGGCUGGUACUCUUACUUCUAUAGAAAUAAAAUAUAAUCUUUAAUAUGUAGAAUUUUAUUGAUUUUACGAAACAUUUAGCUUUAUUAUCUCCCUUUCCUCUAUUUAAUUGUCUACUGAGCAGUGUUUCCCAAACUGUGCUCCGCGGACCCUAGUGUUCCUCGAGGCCUGAAUAAGUGUUCCGCGAUCGACUGGAAUAAUUAACUAGUAGGCCACCAGGCGAAUUGAUCUCUCUAAAACAAUAAACAAAUUGCUCCGCUAAAUACUCAGUAAGUGCGAAGUGUUCCGUUAAGGAAAAAGUUUGGGAAUAACUGGUCUGCUAUUUCUCCGCAUGUCUCUGCAGUAUCCAUGACAAUACAUGUUCAUCCAUUCAGAACAUUUACCAACCUUUAUUAAUUAUCAUUAUUAAUUUCAAUUUGCCUUUAUUUUUGUGUUCAUUUGCAAGUGCAUUCUCUCGCUGGACUCAAUGCAGGAUUUUAUGACUCAAAAUUGUUCUCUCAUAUUUACCUCAGUUUUAAUUUUUUUUUACCCUAAUGGUUCCUAUAUAAAAAAAAAAGUUCUAUCCAUUUAUAGAUCUAUAGUUGUCUUCCCUUUCAUUGAAUGUAAAAAUAGCUGCUUCAGCACUAACUAAUUUCCGGCUGAUCUAAAAUUUUGAAAACAAUUAUUGUUUCCUAUUCAUAAAAAAAGAAAAUGUUCGUUUAGUGCUAUAUUGGUAUGAAUUGACCAACUUAGUUUUUUACACUGAUAUUAUAAUAAAUGAACAAAAGUUAGAACGCUACAGUAAGACUUGCUAUGUCGAAAUCGUCCACUAUAUCCAUCCCUUUCAUUUUUGUUCUAAUAUAAUUAGAACUGCUGUCGCGCAGCUGUGACUUAUUUUCUAUAUUAUUAUGAGUACAAGGAAAGCUAACCGUGUUUAUUGAUUUAGUGAAACUGAACAACAACAACAACACCUAAAUUAUGUCUCUUUGUUUUCACUAAUGAUGUUUUCUUGGUUGUUAUUUAUGAUAUUAUGAUCCAUAUUGCGAGCUAUAAGCUUACAGCUGAAAGACGAUCAAUUGCUCUCUCUCUGUAUAUAUAAUAUCUUGGCUAUAAAUAGCUGUUGGUGUUAUGUUCGCUAUUGAUUUUUUAAAUGAGUUUUUAUUUUUCUGCUUCCUGGAAGUUAGAGUUCUUAUAACCUUUCAAAGAGCGCGCGUUUUGCAGUUGUCUGCCCUUUGUAUUGAAGGUGAUAAUAUUUUCAUUAUUGCUUCCCCUUACUUCUAAAAAAAUGGAAUUAAAAACCUCAAAUGCCAACGUUAUGUCUUUUAAAUAAUGUCCUUUUAUCUUACUUCAUCUUAUGAAUAACAGACGUUCCUUCUAUAGAAAAAACGAUCUAAGUUGUAAUGACGGUCUAUUGAAAUUAGGGGGAUGUGAUACCAACAAUCUUGAGAAUUGUCUCCAGCCUAACCCAUUCAUUUUCUUUGUACACUUAAAACUCUCUCCCUUUUACUUUUAUUUACUCUUCUUACAGCCCACGUGACCAUGCCACGUGAUGUAAAUAGAAGACAUAUAUAUAUAUCUCGUCUGGACGAUAACAACAAUUGGCCGUUUUGUAGUUCCCAGCUUGACAUCACGUGACGCCUAAAGUUGACAUGUUGUCUCGCUUAUAGGCCAUCCUGCCAUAGUAUUUUGUCAUGACACUAGUCAAUUGAUAUUGACAAAUGUUUUGUUAUAUUCAUACCGUUUCUCUUUUUACACUAAGAGAUAUUUUUUUAUCAAU